AUGUGGAGUAUUUUUGUCCUAAUUCUGAUCUGUGUUUCGGCUCCUUCAUUGGUGGACGGUCUGAGAAAGGGAGAAUAUGGUACGAAAGCCACGUUUUACCCAUCAACAUGGUUAAAUUAUCCUCGUUUAAUGGUGGUCCGAUCCCUUCCAGAUAUGGACGAGUUUACACUGUGCUUCUGGGUGAAGAUAACUGAUGCAGUGAAAAGGUCGCACUUCAUCUUUUCCUACGCAGUCGGCAAAAAUAUUGACAGCAACGAAAUCGUAGCAUACAUCGACUUGACCUCUUCAGAUCCACAAAUUAAGAUCUUUGUAGCUGGAAAGCUGGGUUUUAUGACAUGUCCUGCCUUCUCUAUCGGAACAUGGCACAAAGUUUGUAUUACCUGGCGGAGUUUGGAUGGAAGAGUAGGCUUUUUUGUAGACACAGAUUUAUGUUGUGAUGAGGUAAAAGGUGUAGCAAUGGGAAAAUCAGUUCGAUCAGGAGGAGUUGUAGUUCUGGGCCAGGAACAAGAUAAAGUUGGUGGUAAGUUUAGCCCUCAUCAGAGUUUAAUUGGCGAUCUAAUGCAGCUCCAUUUUUGGAAUACCUGUUUGAACAACGAUCAAAUUCAACGCACCAGCUCCUGUCUUAGCCGGGCCUGCAAUUCUAGUCCUUGCUGUUACAAAGAUGAAGAAAUCAAAGGAACUAUCAUUGACUGGUUUCAUACAGAAUUCAGGGCUUAUGACGGAGUUUCCCUAUCUUCAUCCACUGUUUGUAAAUAA